UGCUCCUAGUCCUGAACUGUAGAUACACCAGGGUGUUAGAGCUGAAGUCCUGCAGUGAGGCUAAAACACAGGAUAUUCCUCUUCAAGAGCCAAGGCCAUCAGUGCUCACCCCCUGAGCUGGGCGCUCCAAGCUUUUCCUUGGGGAAUUCUGUGCCCCGCCGUGGCUGGCGGAGGAGUUUCAGCCAAUCAGCGCGCGACGCCGCGGCUUGUUGCCAGGCAGAUUAUGCCAUGUUGCUGAAGAACACCUUGUCUUCUGGAAGCAGAAACACAAUGAACAGAUGAAUCCCUUCAGCCAGAUAUUACUCCAGUAGGUCUCCUUCUCCUCAUGGAGCACACAGGCAGGGAGGAGAUGGACUUGAAAGAGGAAAGUCCUCAGGUGUGGACUGAGUCUGCAGGACAGGAACAGCACACUGCUCAGGUGCACUUUGUCCCCGAGGGGGGAGCGGUGGCCCAGAUCAUGUACAGUGACGAGCAGGAGCGCGGCCCUGCCCAGCAGGUGGUUUACACGGCUGACGGCACCUCCUACACCUCUGUGGACACCUCGGAGCACACCCUCGUUUACAUCCACCCCGUGGAAGCUACGCAGACUCUGUUUACAGAUCCGUCCCAAGUGGCUUACGUCCAACAGGAUGCUACCACCCAGCAGGUAACGGUGCUCUUGCCUGCUGCUGCUCAGAGCAUGAAUCCCACCAACCUGUCUGUGCUCGGCAGCGUUGCUGAUCCCCCCCAGCCAGUGGCUCUGGAGCAGGGGCCACAAGCAGAUAGAGCAUCAUUACCGGUGCAUAACCAAGUGUUACCUCCUAUGGAGGCUGUGGAUGGUUCUGAUUCUUUAGCACCUCUGCAAAAUCAAAUGGAAAGGAUAGAAACAAAAGAGGAAGAUGAUGAGGAUGAAGAUGAGGAUGAAGAUGGGGAAGACACUGACAUGGAUGAGUGGGAUCCAGAUCCACCUCGACCCUUUGAUCCCAAUGAUUUGUGGUGUGAAGAGUGUAAUAACGCACAUCCCUCAGUGUGUCCAAAACAUGGACCUUUGCAUCCCAUCCCAAACCGGCCUGUGCUGACCAGGGCGAGGGCCAGCCUUCCCCUGGUGCUCUACAUAGACAGGUUUUUGGGAGGUGUGUUCUCCAAAAGGCGCAUCCCAAAGCGAACACAAUUUGGGCCUGUGGAAGGACCUCUGGUCAGACAGACUGAGCUCAAAGACUGCUAUAUCCAUUUGAAGGUUUCUCUUGAUAAGGGUGACAGAAAAGACAGAGACUUGCAAGAGGACUUGUGGUUUGAGCUGUCCAGUGAGGCUCUGUGUAACUGGAUGAUGUUUGUGCGUCCAGCUCAAAAUCACCUGGAGCAGAACCUAGUGGCCUAUCAGUAUGGCCACCACAUUUAUUACACCACCAUUAAAAAUGUGGAACCCAAGCAGGAACUCAAGGUGUGGUAUGCUGCCUCCUAUGCUGAGUUUGUGAACCAGAAGAUCCAUGACAUAACUGAGGAGGAAAGGAAGGUGCUCAGGGAGCAGGAAAAGAACUGGCCAUGUUACGAGUGCAAUCGGCGUUUCAUGAGCUCGGAGCAGCUCCAGCAGCACCUCAACUCCCACGAUGAGAAGCUGGACUUCUUCAGCAGAACCAGAGGCCGAGGUCGUGGGCGAGGAAAGAGGAGAUUCGGACCAGGCAGACGCCCUGGGCGCCCUCCCAAAUUUAUGCGCAUAGAAGUAACCAGUGAAAAUGGUGAAAAGUGUGAAGAAGGAACACAGGACUUGCUGCAUUUUUCCAGCAAGGGGCAGUUUGAUGAGGCCGGACAAGCUCCACUGAAUGGGCUGGAGCAGCAGGAACAGACUCCGGUGCCAACAGAGCCACAGGGAGCGCUGGAGCAGCAGGAAAACCACGUGCUCCAUGUACAGCCACAGCACGAGGCGAACACGGUGUCCACACAGAGCUCCGUGACAGCAGAUGACAUGAGGCGAGCAAAGCGCAUCAGGAAUGCAGCUCUGCAGCACCUGUUCAUCCGGAAAUCCUUCCGCCCGUUCAAAUGCCUGCAGUGUGGGAAGGCCUUCCGGGAGAAGGACAAGCUGGACCAGCACUUGCGGUUCCAUGGGCGGGAAGGGAACUGCCCUUUGACCUGUGACAUCUGCAACAAGGGCUUCAUCAACAGCGGUGCCCUCGAGAGCCACAUGAAGUUCCACAUGGACCAGAAAACGUACUCCUGCAUUUUCUGCCCCGAGUCCUUUGACCGCUUGGAUCUCCUUAAGGAUCACGUGGCCGUCCAUGUCAAUGAUGGCUAUUUCACCUGCCCCACCUGCAAGAAACGCUUCCCAGAUUUUAUCCAGGUCAAGAAACAUGUGCGCAGUUUCCAUUCUGAGAAGAUUUACCAGUGUACAGAGUGUGACAAGGCUUUCUGCCGCCCCGACAAGCUGCGACUCCACAUGCUGCGGCACUCGGACCGCAAAGACUUCCUGUGCUCCACCUGUGGCAAGCAGUUUAAGAGGAAGGACAAGCUGCGAGAGCACAUGCAGAGGAUGCACAACCCAGAGAGGGAGGCCAAGAAGGCUGAUCGGAUCAGCCGCUCCAAAACCUUCAAGCCCCGGAUCGCGUCCACUGACUAUGAGAGCUUCAUGUUCAAGUGCCGCCUCUGCAUGAUGGGUUUCCGCCGCAGGGGCAUGUUGGUGAAUCAUUUAUCAAAGAGACAUCCAGACAUGAAAAUAGAAGAGGUGCCAGAGCUCACGUUGCCCAUCAUAAAACCCAACAGAGAUUACUUCUGUCAAUACUGCGAUAAGGUGUACAAGAGUGCCAGCAAACGCAAAGCACACAUCCUGAAAAACCAUCCUGGUGCUGAGCUACCUCCAAGCAUCCGGAAACUGCGUCCUGCAGGACCGGGAGAGCCAGAUCCUAUGCUAAGCACCCACACACAGCUGACAGGCACCAUUGCCACCCCUCCAGUGUGCUGCCCUCACUGUUCCAAGCAAUACAGCAGUAAGACAAAGAUGGUGCAGCACAUCCGCAAGAAGCACCCAGAGUUUGCUCAGCUCCCAAACACGAUCCAUACACCGCUGGCGACGGCCGUCAUCAGUUCCACACCAGCUGUUCUCACCACGGACAGCACGACUGGAGAAACUGUUGUGACAACAGAUCUACUGACCCAAGCAAUGACAGAGAUAUCGCAGACCCUCACUACAGAUUACCGGACUCCCCAGGGAGAUUACCAGCGCAUCCAGUACAUCCCUGUGUCUCAAUCCACAACGGGCUUGCAGCAGCCUCAGCACAUACAGCUGCAGGUUGUUCAAGUGGCCCAGGCUACCUCACCUCACCAGUCCCAGCACUCCACAGUGGAUGUUGGGCAGCUCCAUGACCCCCAGACAUACACUCAACAUGCCAUCCAGGUGCAGCACAUCCAGGUCACAGAGCCAUCACCAGCAACUCAGUCAUCAUCACAGGCUGGGGGUCAACCUUUGAGUCCCUCCUCGCAACAACCUCAGCAGGAGCUCAGCCCCUCACAGAUACAGACAACUACAUCGACACCAAACCAAGCCCUCCAGCAGCAGCAAGGCUCCUCAGUCCAGCACACAUAUCUCCCCAGCAACUGGAACUCAUUCCGGAGCUACUCAUCAGAGAUUCAGAUGAUGGCCAUCCCCCAAGGGCAGUAUGUGAUCACAGAGACUGCUGUGGGUACCCCAGUCACCACUGUCAACACAGGGCAAGUAAAAGCAGUUACUCAGACUCACUACGUGAUAUCUGAAGGUCAGCCUGAUCUGGAUGGUAAACAAAACUCUUCACUCUCCAGUGAGGUUCAGGUGGGCAUUUCCCAGCCCACAGCCCACACGGAUCCCUUGGAAUCCCAGACGAGCAACCAGCAGCAAACCACCCAGUACAUCAUCACAACCACCACCAACGGGAGUGGCGGGAGUGAAGUGCACAUCUCCAAAACCAGGACUUUCUCAGCAGAGCAUGAGUGAAAGGGCCUCAUGGUGCCAUUUGCUUGUCCUUGUCACCUCCCUGACAGCCCAGAUGUGGGGGUACCCUGGGGCUCUGUAUGUUUUAAUGUAUAUGCUCACUUACCUUCUACUAAAAUCUUGGAGCUCUUGUUAAUGCUUUAAGAGGGUUUAAUUCACAGUGACCAUGAAAUACCCUCAGAAUCCUUCUGGGAUGCUUUUUAUGCAGCUUUUAAGAAAAAGGACAAGAGAAGUGAAACCUCUGCUGGCCCUGGACUUUAUUUUUGGCAUGUCUGCUGAACCUUAUUUUUCCUUUUUGGAAGUGUGUCCAGCAAACAAUAUUAUUUCAGCUGUAUGGCAGAAAGCCUGCCUAACUGAAGGCUUACUGGCAAAUUGUAGUAUGUAUAUUUUUAACAGGAGCCAUUAAAGAGGAGAGCAUCAUGUAAGUUGUUAGAAUAUGGCAGAACUGCUUCCUGUGGCUUCUAGCAGCCAAGGUGAAGGGGAGUGUCCCUGGGCCAUAUG